CCUCCCUCCCCUCUCCUCUCGGUCGCGUAGGGAAUUGCGCACGAAGCGCGGGAAUGUCGAAACGUAUUUUGAAAUUGUCCGUGAAUCAUAUUACGGACUCCCCGCGGACGGGAACUAUUGUACGCCGCGUCGCCGAUGUCACGUUGGGACGUCGCGCGGACGACGUGUGUGCGUGGCGACGCGUGGGCGUAAUUGUGGUGUAGGUGCGCCAUGCCUCUCCUGCUAUUUUGGCCAGGGCCACCUGCGCGAAUUGCCGGAGACGUCUUCUCCCUCUUUUUUUUUAUAAUGAGAAAGAUGUAGCGCGGCUUUGUCUCUCUGACAAAGGCACCUGACUUUUACGAGUAGCUUUCGUCCAGUGAAGUAUUCUCGAAGAAACUAGAGAAUGACGAUUCUGUAUUUUCAAAUUGUACUUCACUUUCAUAUAAAAUGAGGAAAAUUCCACGAAGCACGGAUUACUUAGAUUCACCGAGUUUGAGAUGAAAUUUCUUAGGAGUAGCUUUCGCCCAGUGAAGUAUUCUCUAAGAAACUAGAGAAUGACGAUUGUGUAUUUUCAAAUUGUACUUCACUUUCAUAUAAAAUGAGGAAAAUUCCACGAGCACGGAUUACUUAGGUUCACCGAGUUUGAGGAAAACUUUCUUAAGAGUAGUUUUCGCCCAGUGAAGUAUUCUCUAAUGAUUUAGAGGAUGACGAUUGUGUAUUUUCAAAAUGUAUUUAACACUUUCAUACAUAUCGUCGGCCUAACUAGAAAACCCAACUCACCAAAUCGUAACUUCGGAUAACCAUGGAGUUAGGAGGUGGGAGAAUCAGUAGGGGAUUAGAAGGAUCAGCUCUCGGGAGCGACCGACUGAUAACCCAUGAAGAUCUCUCUCCGUCCAAGGACCCAGCGCAGCAACACUGCGAAACGAAACUGCGCGGGUCACCAAAAGCACAAGUGAUAUUUCUAACUAAUAGUUAACGCGCUAGAGCUUAGAUCAGCCGAUCAUCUCGCGGAACCCGCCGUACUCUCCGUGCUCUUGUAUAUACACCACAAAUGUCGGAUACACGAUUCGUAAUAUCCAGUGACGCGAAGUGUGUUCAGCGCAUCUCACUGUAAUCCCCCUGCGUCGCGUGGACCACGGGACACGAUACUAAGAAGAACGCCGUUAACGGCUGCGUCGAGUGACCGUACACGCCGGGUGUGUGCGUGUACGUACGUGCGUGCGGGCGUGCGUGCGUGACCGUGUGUUUGCGUGCAACAUGAGAGUGGCCAGGCAGCAUCCACUGCAUCUGCCAGUACCGAUCCGCAGCAACAAUGGCAAGUACGUGGUCGGUCCUAACGGUGGUCAGGACGUCGUCCAUCAGCAGCCGUCGCCGCAGCAACAGCAGCAGCAGCCGGCCAGCGAGAACGAGAACAGCUCGGUGGUGCCGCCGGGCGUCCUCCCGAGAUGCGAGUCGGUCGCGGCUCGAGACCAUCACACGAGCCCGACCGUACUGGGGGAUCGAUUCCUGCUUCUUGGUCCGACCGAGGGUAGCGCUCUUUAUCAGUGCCUCAACGUGAAAAACGGUCAGCAACUCGCCGCCAAGGCGCUGACCGUGGGCGACAAAGGUUGCGAGGCGUUGCUGCAAGCCCACCUUCGUCUGGAGGGCACCGGCGCGGCGAGCGGCGUGGCCGGCGUGGUGGAGGCACCUGGAGGCCGGCGCUAUCUCCUCUUGGAGGGCCACCACGGUGACCUGCACGCCUACGUAAGGGCACGCAGGAGGCUGCGCGAGCCCGAGGCGAGGCGGCUCUUCCGGCAGGCGGCCAGGGCCGUGGCGACGUGUCACGAGUACGGGGUCGUGUUGAGGGACCUCAAGCUCCGGAAGUUUGUCUUCGCCGACGAAGCGAGAACGCGGCUUCGCCUGGAGAGCCUCGAGGACGCGGUGAUCGUGGAGAACGAUGACGACAAGCUGACCGACCGGCGCGGCUGCCCGGCGUAUGUCGCGCCGGAAGUGCUGCGCUCCGGACGCGCCUAUUCCGGCAAGGCGGCGGACAUCUGGUCGCUGGGCGUGCUGCUGUACACGAUGUUGGUGGGCCGUUAUCCGUUCAACGACGCCGAGCACGCGUCCCUCUUCGCCAAGAUCUCGCGCGGCCUGUUCGCCGUGCCGGAGGGCCUGAGCCCGCGCGCCAAGUGCCUGAUCCGCUCGCUGCUGCGAAAGGAGCCGUCCGAGCGACCGUACGCCGAGGACGUGCCGCUGCACCCGUGGCUGUCGAAGCCGCUGCGGUUAUACACACCUACGUCCGGCAGCAGGUCCUCGUGCCAGGACCAAGUCGUACCAGAGCUAUCUAUUAAUCCUCAACAAGACUGACUCUCUCUCUUUCGGGGGAAGGAUCAUUAUUCCGCGCGUGACGGCAUCACUCUCUCUCAUCCUAGUGCUUCUCUCGCGCCGACAGCCGGAUCGAGUCCUCCGGCCGAGAGGGGGGGAGUUAGCACAAUCAAAAGAGGAAGGUGGACAAGACGAUUUUCUCUUAACACAUUGGCUGUGCCCGUAGAGAAUAGCGGAUAAGCUCCAAGGCGAAAAGCGAAACGAUCUUAUACAUAUAUUUCACAAGAUUGGAAAAGAACGCGAAUACGAGAAAGGGAUUUCAUUCGGAACUGUUAUCGAAAGAGCAAUAUUUUGUGCAAAAAAAAAAGCUAUCUUCCAAAAGAUUUGCAAUUUGAGAAAUACAUACAUAUUCUGGCAGCCAAUGUGUUAACGGCAGCUGAAUUUACAUGUAUCGCUCACAUAGAAUUCGAGUCGAGCAGUCUUCAACUUGGAUCGAAAAAUCGAAUCAAUCGUCGCGGCCAAGUACAGUUGAAGGAUGUUGGGUCCUUGUCUUUUCGCCGGCGAGGGACGGCCUAGAUUAAGUUUCGAAGAUAGAGCAUACUAACGUGAGACGAGAGUAAUCGUUCUCGAAGGAACAUUUACGUAGGGGAGAGUAACCAAAGUCUCUAUCCUGAGUAACAAUGCCCGAGAUUAUUUUCCUCGUUCAACUGCUGUCACCUGCGAGUUGAACGGUCAAAGUUGACACCUUGAAUAAGAUGAUAUUACGUUUCGUUAAAGAUAAGCUCACUCUAGUCUAGAGGCAACUCGUGGUCGAAGCACCGAACAGCGAAAGUAAUUGAGGGGCUCCUCUGUAAAAUAGCGCGUCCCGAUUUUGGUCAUUCUCCGCUGGCAAUUUCGGAGGCAACGUGACGCAAGUGAUUAGUCUCUAAAAAGUCUCUAUCGGCUAAUAAUAGAAUCCUAGAUUCGAGAAACAUUGCCAUUACCGGUCCAAGAAAUAUCACCGCCUUGUUGCGUACAGAAUACAUUCGCGCGCGUACGCGCACGCGCGCGAAUCCCUCUUGUGAUAGAAUCUGACAGAUUCUGAGCGACGUAUGUGAUACGAAAUAUAUACAGGUUGUUUCAUAAGCGUUAUGCGGUUACUUGCGGUCAUCUGUCUCUGAAGUCCAUGUACAUUAAUUAUUGUAAACGAUCGAAUUCGAUGUUUGUAUUGUGCGCUAGGCAUACCCGAGUAAAUCCUCGACCUUUCUCGAUAUUUCGCGUCGCGUAUCUACACGGGACGAUUUUUCACGCUGUACCGGCGAAUCCGUUGCAAACAGUUAUGUAAAUGCGAGCAAGAGAGACGUGAAAUCUACAUGUAAGUUCGAGUACAACCGGUGAGCUUUGUAUAGUAUAGUGGAUAGUAUAAAGCGAUGAAUAUAUAUAUGAAUGGGAUCAGAGAUUGAGUCGGAUUCAAAGUUAAAAACUGACGCAGACAGAAGAGAAAGUACAUUGAUUCGGCGUGAGAACAAAUGACGCCUAAUGACGACCAAACGUUACUAGAGCAAGUCGAACGAAUUUUAAAAAAAACGAGUUUUUAAUCUAAACUCUGACUCAUUCUUCCUGCAAACCCGUUUACCUAUCAUCAUUAUAUUACGGAGUCAAUCAAAUAUAUUAGGCGGACAUCGAAGGAAGGGAUAUUUCUCGUUUCACCGCGAAAACACUUCAUUCUCCAACCUGAAAACAUUGCCUAGAAAGUUCAAGACUGCUUGGACGUGUGGCCUAUACAAUUAACUUUAUUAGAGAAAACGUAAAUACGUUGAACAGUGAAUUUCUAACUUAAGAACAAUAAAAGAAUACGCUUCUGGAUUACUCGCACGACGGAGUAACCAAGAAAUUAUAAAUGUGUUCAUCAAUGGCAAUGUUUUCAGAUAGAGUAACUUUCUAGUGUGUGAAUCAGAGACAAGAUUUAUUCUCUUCUGACUCAGACCUCUAAAGUCAUCGCUUGCGCGAUAUAUGUACAGCUCACUAGGUUCCGAUUUACAAAAGUGAACGAAGCGAACGAUCGACGUUUUCGUAUCAGUUUAGGCGCAUGAGGCUGCGCGUUCUGCUUUGAGGAUAUUUUUCUUGAGUAAAGCUUUCCGAUUGACAUAGAACUACGAACGAUUCUCGGCUACUAGUAGAAACUGUUAUUAAGUCAAUUAUGAGAAUAAAAUUCCAAGAUAGACAUUAAGAUUCUCAUUCGUAUCAAUGUCAGGUAGCAUAAAAUCUUGAUGAAGUUACCUUUCACUCUUUGCAUUAUGGUGGGUUUAAUCAUGUUGUAGAUACAUCAGUAUCAAUGUUAAGUAAAGAUGCAGUUAGACAAAGAAAUAUCGACGCUGCAGUCGUCGAUAGAUCUGCCCAAAACAGCACUUCUGAAAUGGAGUCGCGAGACUAACUUUAGAACUAAAAGCAACCGAUUAAAACCGCCAUCUCACAUAGACGAGAUUGAUUAGAAACAGUCCUUUUCGAUCCCGUUUAAACUACGAAACUUGUGCGAAGGUGAAAACAAGUUCUUUAAUGUCACCAAAUAACUUUAGAAUGCGGAUCAAAAUUCAUUAAUUUAAAUAUUUCGGAAGAUUUAUAGUUUAACUUUGACGGAAAUUGCAUCUGUAACAACAAUGUUUGCAGAACGCCGUUUGUUUCGCCGAACAGCGCUUUCAAGGAACAUUGCUCUAGGCAUGAGAAUCAUCUUGGAUUGUUUAUGCAAAGUUCAGCCUCAUGUACGUAAAGCUUGAAUCAGAUUCGCGUCGGGCGACAACGAGACGUUUCUCGUGGCUCGUAGAACUUUUAGUCUCGGCAUCAGGAUUGGGGAAGAGAAGCCCAAGGAUGACGGAGUUGUCGAUCGUGACUGCGACUCAAUUCUUACCUUGGCCCUUCGCGUUCGACGAAAGUACCAUGUGUUCUUGUUUUUAAAGAUACCUGUCUACCUACCUAUGCGAGCUCUUUUGUAACUUCCGCGAGAGUGAAGAGAGUAAGAGAGAGAGAGAGAGAGAGAGAGAGAGAGAGACUCCUCUUUUCCUUUUUAUUUUAUAAUAUUCGCGCACCGCAACGGGGCACGAUACCCCGGUGCUGAUUCCUUCUCGUAUCGUUCUCAGUCAGGGUACAAAACGCCGCGGCGCAUCCAUCGACGUUUAAUUUGUACAUAAGUUCGACGCGAUUUCAUCCUAUUGUAUUCAAUCAUUGUCUAGGUGCGUUUAAGGGAAAUUUCGUUUCUGUACAUAGGUAAAAUAAAAUGACGUUUACGACGAAGAA